AGUGGGUGUAUAGCAACAGCCUGCAUACCCAAGGAUCGGAGUAAAGUGACAGUCUCAGCUCUGUGUCGUACCCACUAUGUUGUGGACAGUGAGUCUCUGCCUCCUGUUGGCCGCGUCCUCUUCAGGUGUACCGCUGGAUAGAUACAGCACCAAAGGCCAGCAUAAAGUACUGCUCGUCUCCUUCGAUGGCUUCAGGUGGGACUACGACCGCGAUGUGGACACGCCAAAUCUGGACACAAUGGCCAAAGACGGGGUCAAGGCCAGAUAUGUGACCCCACCUUACCUCACCAUCACCAGUCCCACACAUUUCACCCUCCUAACAGGGCGCUACAUUGAAAACCAUGGGGUGAUCCACAACAUGUGGUUCAAUAUCACCACCAGUGAGAAACUGCCUUACUAUGCUACCCAGUUUAAGAAUGAGUGGUGGGACAACGGCACUCUACCCAUCUGGAUCACAGCCCAGAGACAGGGCCUGAGGGCUGGCUCUCUUCACUUUCCUGGCACACAAUCCACCUACCAGGGAGAGACGCAGACAGUGAAGGAAGUGGAACCACGGUUUUAUGACUACAAAAACGAGACAAAAUGGCAAGAGAACGUAGAGAAGGUGAUGGGCACCUGGUUCAGUGAGAUGGACCUGGACUUUGUGUCACUGUAUUUUGGGGAGCCUGAUGGCACAGGCCACAAAUACGGGCCUGAUUCCCCUGAGCGGAGGGAGAUGGUCAAGCAGGUGGACAGAACAGUGGGCUACAUCCGCAGCUUGGCUGAACAAAACGGACUUGCCGAUAGUCUCAACAUCAUCAUCACCGCUGACCAUGGGAUGAGCAAUGUGUACCGCAACGGCUUGGUGAAGGAGAUCACCCUUUCCAGGAUCCCCGGAUUCUCCUUCAGAGAUAUAGCCUUUCACCUGGUGGACUUUGGGCCCUCUGGGAUGCUACUUCCCAAGAAGGGCAUGCUGGAUAAGGUCUACAACGCCCUGAAGGGGGCGCACCCUCACCUUCAUGUCUUCAAGAAGGAGGAGAUGCCCAAGCGCCUUCACUUUGCUAAUAACAACCGCAUCCUACCCAUCAUUCUCUUCUCUGACCCUGGAUAUGUCAUUAACGGGUUCUUCCCAGUGCAGUUCAACGUGGGGGAGCAUGGCUUUGACAACGAAGAAAUGGACAUGAAGCCCUUCUUCAGGGCUGUGGGGCCGGCGUUCCAAAAGAACCUAGAGGUGGGCCCCUUUGAGACAGUGAACAUAUACCCCUUGAUGUGUCACAUACUGGGCAUCAAGCCUGAUCCCAAUGAUGGACACCUGGAUGCCACAAAACACAUGCUGGUCUCUGCCACAGAGGACCUCCGUCAGGACAUAAAAUCAAAUAUCUUUGUUGGAUUGGCAGCAGUGGCUGGAUUUCUUGUUGUGGUCUUCAUAGUGGUUGUGUCGUUUAAUGCAUUCAAGAAGGAGAAAAAUGAUAGAAGCUCUGAGAAGUCAGUGAUUCCAGGGGGAAAGGAAAUGACUCAAACUGCCCUUUAAACUGCACCCGAAGUGAAAUCUGAAAUGGAUCAACAAAGGGACGUCACUACUUAUGACAUACUCCCUAAAAACCACCUCAUCACAGACUAGUGCAUCCCCUCCAUGUUGAGACUGACACCCUGCAGACUGACCAGAGAGGUU